AUGUCAAUGAAAGACCAGGGGGUCCCCCAAGCCCAGAGAUUUUGGCGAUGCGGCUCAGCGCGGCCCAGAGGGGCUGCGGAGCCGGGGCGGGGAGCGGGCCCGGGCGGACUACAGCUCCCGAAGGGCUGCGGGCGGCCCCGCUUCCUGCCGCCCGGGGAGCCCAUGGAGCCGACGGAGGGCGCCGAGGAGGAGCGGCUGGCCGAGCGGCUGCGGCCCGACACGCUCGGGGACUACGUGGGGCAGGAGCCCGUGCUGGGGGCGCAGACCCUGCUGCGGUCCCUGCUGGAGUCCCACGAAAUCCCCUCGCUCAUCCUCUGGGGGCCGCCGGGCUGCGGGAAGACUACACUGGCACACAUCAUAGCCAACAGCAGCAAAAAGAAUGGCAUGAGGUUUGUGACACUGUCGGCCACAAGUGCCAAGACAAAUGAUGUUCGAGAUGUCAUCAGCCAAGCCCAGAAUGAAAAAAGACUCUUCAAGAGAAAAACUAUCCUCUUUAUUGAUGAGAUCCAUCGUUUCAAUAAAUCUCAGCAGGACACUUUCCUUCCUCACGUCGAGUGCGGGACGGUGACCCUGAUAGGAGCGACCACAGAAAACCCUUCCUUCCAAGUCAACGCCGCUCUGCUGAGCCGGUGCCGGGUGAUUGUCCUGGAGAAGCUCUCUGUUCAAGCGAUGGAGGCGAUUCUGAUGAGAGCCGUCAGGUUCUUAGGGCUCCAGGUUUUGGGCCAGGAAGACCAGCACUGCACCCCUGCGACUGGCAGCAGCAGCAAGAGCUCGGAAUUCCCAGUGUACAUAGAGGAAAAAGCUCUGAACACACUUGCCUAUCUUUGCGAUGGGGAUGCCAGGACUGGGCUGAAUGGACUCCAGUUGGCAGUUCAGGCCAGAAUAGCAGCAGGAGGGACCACUCCUUUGAGCACUGCCAAAGGUGGUGCUGCAGAUGGCAUUCUGGUAACAGAAGAGCAUGUAAAGGAGGGGCUCCAGCGAUCUCACAUCCUGUAUGACCGAGCAGGGGAAGAACAUUACAACUGCAUCUCUGCCCUGCACAAGUCUAUGAGAGGCUCCGAUGCAAACGCCUCCCUUUACUGGCUUGCUCGAAUGCUUGAGGGCGGUGAGGAUCCACUCUAUGUGGCAAGGAGGCUGGUGAGGUUUGCAAGUGAAGAUAUAGGACUGGCAGAUCCCCUGGCUUUAACUCAAGCAGUUGCUGCUUAUCAAGGCUGUCACUUCAUUGGAAUGCCCGAAUGUGAGGUGAUUCUAGCACAGUGUGUAGUGUACUUUGCCAGAGCCCCAAAGUCUAUAGAGGUGUACAAGGCAUAUGGCAACGUCAAGGAAUGCCUGAGGACACACACGGGACCCCUGCCCCCUGUUCCUCUGCACCUGAGAAAUGUCCCAACAAGGCUCAUGAAGAACUUGGGGUAUGGAAAAGGCUACAAAUACAACCCCAUGUACAAGGAACCUGUGGAGCAGGACUAUCUGCCAGAAGAGUUGAAAGGAAGAGACUUCUUCAAGGGACGAGAAAUGUGAUUGCUGUCCUCAGAAUGGGUUUUGAUUUUAUCACUCGUACAUUUGUACUGGGAUAAAAAUUCCCCUUACAGUGUCAGCUGCCUGUUACCAUGGUUGAAAGGAUUAAGCCACCAAGCCUUUUAUCCUUUUUUAUCCAUCUGCUUUUAUUGCUGUUGAUCAGAAGGUAUUUUGUAAAGAAUUGCUGUUAGGCAGUGUAGAAAUGCAAAAAUGAGCUUCAUCCAUAUAGUGCUGUCACUGGUUUAAAUGAAACAAAAAAAAACCCAAGAGACUUGUAUUUCUGGCUCUUGCUGUGAGACAAGAAAUAUUACUGUGCUGCUUUUUAAAAUCAGUGUCCAUUUCAGAUUUUGAGAACGUUAUGUUCCAGAAAAAUAGUAAAUUGUACCCUCUCUGCUAAAAUACUGUACAAAAUGUAAUUGCAGAGUAAUUUUUGCUCUUACGAUGUUUCAGAGACCAAUUUUGUACAACAGUCAUUAAACCAAUAAAGCUGUUACAAAUAGUGUCUAUGCAUUUGUUUAAAUACUCCUAUGACAGCAGUGUUGCUUUGACAUCUCUUUAAUUUUAUUAUCCCUGCUUUCCAGAGCAAGUUUAAUUCGUUCUGUAAGUAGAAUAGUCAUGAAAGUGGCCACUGGAGUGCUACCGAGCUCUUUGCGCCUCUCUCCAGCUGUGAUGUGACCCAGCCACCUGUGAGUCAGCUCUCUGGAGCACACCAGUUGCAGGUGGGUAUUUCUUGACAGCAGAGUUGUUUGGUGCUGUGUGGGGCUUAGAUCAGAGGGGUUGCCACAGCUGUGCAUCUGGAGUUCAUUCAGAGCAACUUUCACAAGCCAGGAGGUGUGUGGGCUGAGGAUGCAGUGCCAAGUCCAGAAGUCAACUUUAUUCUGCUUAUUGCUCUUAGUUCGCAAGACAGAUUACUGACCCUUGGCCUUGAUCAAAAGUUUUGGAAAUACAGCCUCCAAAGUUCUGUGAUUUGUAUUGGAGAUUAAUUUUGUUGAGAG